AUUGCUCGAGGAGAGAUCUCUUCUCAUCGAACCACCAUUUCCAACUCCGUUCUUCACCUGCCCUUCUUCUCCUCCUCAGUUUUUUCAUCGGGUUUUUUCUAUCGAUCAUUUUGCCCAAUUACAAUCUCUACAACAGUCGAGCUUCUCAAGAAGAUGGUGAGAGUAGCGACCUUCUUUGCAAUGUCCUUGGGUGCUUUCGUUUUCUGGCAGUCAAUGGAUAAACUCCAUGUUUGGAUCGCUCUCCGUCAAGACGAAAAGAAAGAGAGAUUGGAAAAGGAAGCAGAGAUCAGAAGAGUUAGAGAAGAGCUACUGCAACAAGCGAAACAGAACGACUCUCUUGCUUAACUCUUCUCUUUUCUUCACCCGGUGCCCUUCUGUUGCUGCUACCGGUUUUGAAUCGAUAAGUUUAGAUUGACAUUUUAUUAUAAGUAUCGUUUGUCUGUUCUUGAACAAUGAUACUUGGGGGACUUAUAAAUGGUUGAUUACUCAUUUCUGCAAUUGUUGUGGUUGUCAAAUGGUAAACAAUGCUCAUUUCAAUUUGGAGCUUUUCUUUUUGAAUAAUUGAAUUUGCCUCACGAUUCAGUUUGUUAAAA